AGCGCGCCGCCGGCUCCACUCGCCCCCACCCACUAGCACACCUCGGCGGUAGCGAGCGGCGCGGGGGAGGGGAAAAGGGCCGGGAGGUAGGCCGGGGCUGCGGGCCGGACGCGGCGGCGCGCACGCAGGCCUUGCUUCUCCCGGGCCUUCUCUCUCACGCCGGCCGCAGGGCGGGCGCGCACGCCGAGUGACGCUCGGAGGAGGAAGCGCAGCCCCCUUCCCCUCCCUGGCUGCCCCUGGCCCAGCGGGAGCCCCCCCAGUGCGCCUGUGCGGAGGCCUACUUGAUUAUGUGUGCCCUCUCCGGGCUCCAGCGUUAGCGGCCGGGUGGAGGUGGGGAGGAAAGAAGACGAGGAGGAGGAGGAGGCGGAGGAGGCGGUGGAGGGGAGGUGGGGGGAGUCAGCAAGGACAUGGCUCCUGACUCCUGUGCGGAACGUGAGUGACUGAGCGGCAAAGCCCGAAUGGUCUCUAGCGACCGGCCCGUGUCACUGGAGGACGAGGUCUCCCAUAGUAUGAAGGAGAUGAUUGGAGGCUGUUGCGUUUGCUCAGACGAGAGAGGCUGGGCCGAGAACCCGCUGGUUUAUUGCGACGGGCACGGCUGCAGCGUCGCGGUGCAUCAAGCUUGCUAUGGCAUUGUUCAAGUACCCACUGGACCAUGGUUUUGCAGGAAAUGUGAAUCUCAGGAGAGAGCAGCCAGAGUGAGAUGUGAACUGUGUCCUCAUAAGGAUGGAGCUUUAAAAAGAACAGAUAAUGGGGGUUGGGCUCAUGUGGUUUGUGCCCUGUAUAUUCCAGAGGUACAGUUUGCCAAUGUUUCUACAAUGGAACCAAUUGUUUUACAAUCUGUUCCACAUGAUCGUUACAAUAAGACUUGCUACAUUUGUGAUGAACAAGGAAGAGAAAGCAAAGCAGCCACUGGUGCUUGCAUGACCUGUAAUAAACAUGGAUGUCGACAGGCUUUCCAUGUGACUUGUGCUCAGUUUGCAGGACUACUUUGUGAAGAAGAAGGGAAUGGUGCAGAUAAUGUCCAAUACUGUGGCUACUGUAAAUACCAUUUUAGUAAGCUGAAAAAGAGCAAACGGGGAUCUAAUAGGUCAUAUGAUCAAAGUUUAAGUGAUUCUUCCUCUCACUCUCAGGAUAAACAUCAUGAGAAAGAGAAAAAAAAAUAUAAGGAAAAGGACAAACACAAACAGAAACAUAAGAAGCAACCAGAACCGUCACCUGCAUUGGUUCCUUCUUUGACUGUUACCACAGAGAAAACUUAUACGAGCACUAGCAGCAAUUCUAUUUCUGGAUCAUUGAAGCGCUUGGAAGAUACUGCAGCUCGAUUUACAAAUGCAAACUUCCAAGAAGUCUCUGCGCACACAACUAGUGGAAAAGAUGUUUCAGAGGCUAGAGGGUCAGAGGGCAAAGGGAAGAAAUCUUCAGCUCACAGCUCAGGUCAAAGGGGAAGAAAGCCUGGUGGAAGAAAUCCAGGAACGACUGUGUCAGCAGCUAGUCCUUUCCAGCAAGGCAGUUUUUCAGGAACUCCAGGCAGUGUAAAAUCAUCUUCGGGAAGUUCAGUACAGUCUCCCCAGGAUUUCUUGAGCUUUACAGACUCAGAUCUGCGUAAUGACAGUUAUACUCACUCCCAACAGUCAUCAUCAACCAAAGAUGUACAUAAAGGAGAGUCUGGAAGCCAGGAAGGGGGGGUAAAUAGUUUUAGUUCCAUAAUGGGUCUCCCUUCGACCUCAGCUGUUAUUUCACAGCCUAAAAGCUUUGAAAAUUCACCUGGAGAUUUGGGUAAUUCCAGCCUUCCAACAGCAGGAUAUAAGCGGGCUCAAACUUCUGGCAUAGAAGAAGAAACUGUAAAGGAAAAGAAAAGAAAAGGAAAUAAACAAAGUAAGCAUGGGCCUGGUAGACCUAAAGGAAACAAAAAUCAAGAGAAUGUUUCUCAUCUCUCAGUUUCUUCUGCUUCACCAACAUCGUCUGUAGCAUCAGCUGCAGGAAGUGUAACAAGCUCUAGUCUUCAGAAAUCUCCUACAUUGCUCAGGAAUGGAAGUUUACAAAGUCUUAGUGUUGGCUCAUCUCCAGUUGGUUCAGAAAUUUCCAUGCAGUAUCGGCAUGAUGGAGCUUGUCCAACAACUACUUUCUCAGAGUUGCUGAAUGCAAUACACAAUGACAGAGAUGACAAUUCUACACUAACAAAGCAGGAACUUAAAUUCAUAGAUAUUUCUAGAUCAGUUGAGAGUGAGUGUGUGUAUUCUGAAUCCACUCUUCUUAACCCAGCUAAUGUAUCAUUUCCAAAUGUAGUAUCGGGCUCAGGAUCUAGUACUCCUGUCUCCAGUUCUCAUUACCUCAGCAGGUCUUCUGGGCAUUUGCAGCAAGUGGGAGCUCUCUCCCCAUCAGCAGUGUCCAUCUGCCAGCCCCCUGCUGUUGCUACAACUCAGGCAAAUACACUGUCUGGAUCUUCUCUUAGUCAGGCACCAUCUCAUAUGUAUGGCAGUAGAUUAAAUCCAAGUUCAUCAAUGGCAGCUCUUAUAGUUCAGUCUGAAAACAAUCAAACAGAUCAAGAUCUUGGAGACAAUAGCCGCAGCCUUGUUGGCAGAGGAAGCUCACCCCGAGGAAGUCUCUCACCACGAUCUCCUGUAAGCAGCUUACAAAUUCGCUAUGAUCAACCAGUCAACAGCAGUUUGGAAAAUCUGCCUCCAGUAGCAGCCAGCAUAGAACAGCUUUUGGAGAGGCAGUGGAGUGAAGGACAGCAGUUUUUAUUAGAACAAGGUACUCCCAGUGACAUUUUGGGAAUGCUGAAGUCAUUACACCAACUUCAAGUUGAAAAUCGGAGAUUGGAAGAGCAGAUUAAAAACUUGACAGCCAAAAAGGAACGUCUUCAGUUAUUGAAUGCACAGCUCUCAGUGCCUUUUCCAACAAUAACAACAAAUCCUAGUCCGUCUCAUCAAAUGCAUGCAUUUUCAGCACAGAAUGCUCCUACCACUGAUUCCUUGAACAGCAGUAAGAGCCCUCAUCUAGGAAACAGCUUUUUACCUGAUAAUUCUCUUCCUGUAUUAAAUCAGUUUCUGUUCUUUCUUACAUUAGGACUAACCUCCAGUGGACAAAGCACCAGCAGCUCUUCUGCUCUUUCUACUCCCCCUCCUGCUGGGCAGAGUCCAGCGCAGCAGGGCUCGGGUGGUAGUGGAGUGCAGCAGGUCAAUGGUGUGACGGUGGGGGCACUGGCUAGUGGAAUGCAGACUGUAAUCACCAUUCCUGCAGUGCCUGCAGUGGGUGGAAUAAUUGGCUUGCCAGGUAACCAACUGGCAAUUAAUGGCAUUGUAGGAGCUUUAAAUGGGGUUAUUCAGACCCCUGUCACAAUAUCCCAGAACCCUACCCCCCUCACCCAUACAACUGUACCACCUAAUGCAACACAUCCAAUGCCAGCUACACUGACGAACAGUGCCUCAGGACUAGGAUUACUUUCUGACCAGCAAAGACAAAUAUUUCUUCACCAACAGCAGUUUCAGCAGUUGUUAAAUUCUCAACAGCUCACGCCAGAGGCAGCAUCAGCCCUCCUGUACCAGUUAAUGCAGCAGCACCAACACCAGCAGCACCACCCGCCAGAACUGCAGCAGCUCCAGAUUCCGGGACCCACGCAGAUCCCCAUCAACAACCUGCUGGCAGGAGCUCAGGCGCCGCCCCUCCACCCAGCCACCACCAACCCAUUUCUCACCAUCCGCGACAACGCCAGUCAGAAAGUAACAAGACUUAGUGAUAAAACUGGGCCUGUCACUCAAGAGAAAAGUUUGACACUUGAGAAACCUCUAGAUUGCCUCUCCUGCUGCUCUAGCACUUCCUUUGGCUGCCAUUGCAGCCCUCCUACACCUAUGAAGAAAUGCGACAAGAAAUGAACUGCACAACAAAGGAUUAAUUGCCACAAGGACUUUCUUGUAAGGCUUGGUUAAUUUUCUUGUUGCUUUGUUGCACUGAAAUGAAUUCCCAUAUAUCCCCCAUCCCUCAACCCAGAUUUUUUGAACUUUGAAAAAAAAAUUUAAUAACUAACUUUUGUCAACGAAUAAUUACAUGCAAUGAGUUUAUCAACCUAAGAGGAAUUUAAUAUAGUUGGUGCACAACUAAUUUGUUAUAAAUUGGAGAGAUGAACAGCGAAACUAAAGACUGUUCCAUUUAUAAACUUUGAUUUUGUUGUACCAGUUAGAAUAUGAAAUACAGUCUUUUGUUGGGGUUACAGUAUGCUUGCGCUGUGAGUCAGAUCUUAGACAAAAUUUAAGGAACUGUCCAUAUCUUCUAUUGGAGUUUUAUUGGUUAAAUAUUGCAAAUUAAUAGGUCAUCAACUGGGACUUGGCAAUCUUUGUUAUAAAAAUUUUCUUAUAAUGGGAUUUGGGCCAAUUUUGGUAAUCAAGUUAGGAUGGUACCGUCUGCUUCUGCUAAAGGUAAUUUUCUUUUGCUAAAUACUUUUUAAAAAAUAUAAGUGCUAAGACCUACUCAUAUUUUAAAGUAACUACUCAUAUUUUGAGUUAAGUGAGUUCGAAGGCUGCUGGGGGAACCAGAUCAUUCAAAGCGAAAGAUUUCUUCAGAAAGAGGGGCCACUCUUGGAAACUGCUGGUCGGGUUUGGCCUGAAUCAAGUGCCUGUUAGUACCUCCGUGUGUUGAAAUGGCUCUAGACAGCUGAGCUUGCACUACCGUCAGUCCUUGUGAGUAAGUAGUAGGGAUAGUCAGUGUUGCACCAGCAGCCUUCCCCAUGGUUCUGCCUUUAUUAAAAACUUUCUAUGCCACUGUAGAUAGCUCAGGCAAAACUAUUACCUGGGUAUUAUCCACUAAUGAGUCACAAGAAAAAAUGAGUGGAUUUGGUAAGAAUUUUUUUUUUUAAUUUAAACAACUUUUCAUUUACUGACAGUGAGUGAUUCAAACAAAUAAGCAAAACAAGUACAGUUCCUGAAACAGGUGAAAUUUGUAUUUACAGUCCUUACACUUUGGGUAGCUACACUCCUGGUGUGAUAGUAUGGCAGAGUAUAAAUUGAACAAUUGGGGAUGUAAUCAUUGAACUGUUUCUUAAAUGUGUGAAUUAUUAGUGGAAAAGACCCAGCUGUAAUUAGACCUCCACUGUGUACUUAGCUGGAAGAACAUGUUAAUUCUGCAAUAUGUCUCUUGGUUAACAUUGCACAGUUCUUACCUCAUUUCUGUAAAUAAGGUUUUGUGAAUCUGUUUUGUAUUGUGAAAAUUCAUAAGAUAACAUUGAUAUUUUGAUUUGUAAUAUUUCUAAUUGGUAGAUUUAAUUGAAAAGUAAAAUUAAUUUAUUUUUAUAUGUUCAGGGGAAUUUUAAAGAAAGUCAAUCUUUUGUAGAUAAUUAAAAAAAUCGGUGUGGUUUAUUUUACUUAUUUAACCCACUGGUUGUUAUUCUGUAACAAUUUGUAUAAAUGGUAAAUUUUGAAUGUGUUGUUAUUUUACCUAGAUGUAAAAUUCCACAUGUAUUAAAGAAAAUGUACAAAGUUUUUGUUAAUAAAAUUUAAUAAUGUU